GAUUAUAGAACUCUAAAAACCAUUUGAAGAAGAGGAAGUGAGAGAACAGAUGACAGUAACAGAAGAAGUAGUAGAAGGUGAGAAGCCUAAGAAAAUCACUAAGAAGAAAAUUAUAAAACGUAAAGGGCAGAAGCAGCAAAUAACAGAAGAAGUAACUGUAGAAGAGAAAGGACAAUUACCUGUGACAACAAUUACCGAAGGUCCUCUAGAAGAAAUAGUGGAAGAAACUGUCUUUCCCUUACCGGAUUACAAAACUAUAAAACCGUCUGAAGAGGAGGAAGUGAGAGAGCAGGUGACCGUAACAGAAGAAGUAGUAGAAGGAGAGGAACCUAAGAAAAUCACUAAGAAGAAAAUUAUAAAACGUAAGGGACAGAAGCAACAGGUAAUCGAAGAAGUUACUGUAGAAGAGAAAGGACAAUUACCUGUAACAACAAUUACCGAAGGUCCACUAGAAGAAAUAUUUGAAGAAACUGUCCUUCCUUUACUGGAUUAUAAAAUUGCGGUUCCGACUGUAAAGAAGAAAAAAAGUAAACAUAUAAUUGAAGAAAUUGUAGAAGAAGAUGAGCCUAAGAGGGUUACUAAGAAGAAGGUUGUAAAACGUAAGGGACAGAAACAGCAUAUAACCGAAGAAGUAACUUUAAAGGGGAUAGAUCAGUUACCUGUUACAACAAGCACUGUAGGUCCUGUAGAAAGAAUUGUUGACGAAAGUUUACUAUCGGCUUCUCAUUCUGAAUUUGUGCAGUCUUUUGAGAAAAGUGAUGUAAUAAGUGAUAUUUCAUUAACUAAAGAUUUGGCGAAUGAUAACGUACUAAGGAAAGGCAUUAUAAAUAAAAUUGGCGAACGCGAAGGUAGCGACGAAACAAUUUUCGGAAACGUGAACAAGGAGCGACUAGUACAAGAGGCAACAACUUCAGUUGAUUUAUACGCUGACACUAUACCAGAAAUACACAUUAAACUUAAACACGAUGGAAUGAUAAAACAUAAAUUUGUUAAAGAAGUUGUAAGGGAUAUCAAGGAAAGUCCGAUGUAUCAGGAAGAAGUCGCGGACGAAGUGACAAUCAAAAAACCGAUUGUCGACGAAAGAAAAGAGGAUGUAAAAGAAGUCAUAUUAAAAAAGAAGCUAAGAAAAAAGCCAAUUACGGAAGAAACUGCUGCCGAAAUUACUGUAAAGAAACCUAUUUCGCAGGACGAAGGACAAGUGCCGGAAGAAGUUGCUGAAAAAGUGCUACUAAAGAAACCGAAAAAGAAAACACCUAAGGAAGAAGUAACAGACGAAAUAAUAAUAAAAAAACCGAUCAUCGAGGAAAGAAAAGAAGAUGUAGAAGAAGUCAUUGAAGAAAUCACAUUAAAAAAGAAGCCAAAGAAAAAGCCCGUCAUGGAGGAACUUGCUGCCGAAAUCACUGUAAAGAAACUUAUUCCAAAGGAGGAAGAACAAGUGCCAGAAGAAGCUACUGAAAAAGUAGUACUAAUGAAAUCAAAAAAAGAGAUGCCUAAGGAAGAAGUCACGGACGAAGUGACAAUCAAAAAACCGAUUGUCAAAGAAAAAAAAGAGGACGUAGAAGAAGUCACUGAAGAAAUCACAUUAAAAAAGAAACCAAAGAAAAAGUCUAUCAUGGAGGAACCAGCUGCCAAAAUCAUUAUACAGAAACCUGUUUCGAAGGAGAAAGAACAAAAACCAAUUAUUGAAGAAAGGAAAGAAGAUGUAAAAGAAGUCAUUGAAGAUGUUACAGUAAAGAAAAAGCUAAAGAAAGAGCCCAUUACGGAAGACUUUGCCGCUGAAAUUACUGUAAAGAAACCUAGUUUAAAAGAGGAAACACAAGCACCAGAAGAAAUUUCCGAAAACGUGAUAUUAAAGAAACCAAAGAAAGAAUCUCUUAAAGAAGAAAUCGGAGAUGAUAUUACAAUUAAAAAAUUUAUUGUAGAGAAGGAGAUAGGAGACAUUAUUGAAGAAGUUACUUUAAAACGCAAACCACCAGAGAAAAUACCAAAACCGAUUGAAGAAAUUUAUGAAGAUGUUACUUUACGUAAAUUACGACCAAAGAAAAAAUCUAGAUCGGAUAUUAAAGAAGUUACUGAAGUCGAAAAUGUAAUAUUUAGACCACGUUCUACAAGGACAAAAGAGGAUGUAGAACAAGAAUUCAAAAUUUCGCUAAAUACAUAUGAAGAAGAAGAUAUUUCUAUGUCUGGUAAAGUGCGCCUAAAACCAAAAAGACGACCGCUUACGUAUUCUGAAGAAACCGGAGAAGAAACAAUUAAAAUCGUUCAAGAAAUUGAAGGUGAUUCCAGUCCAAUUGUCGAAGAGAUCAUUGAUGAAUCAGAAAAAGAAGAUAAAGAAGAAUAUAGCAUUGAAGAAUUCGAUAUUGACGAAAUGAACAUACCAUUUAAAAAGAAAAGGAAACAAAAAACUCCAUAUUCUAUAGAAGAAAUUGAAGAAGAUGAUAUUAAAUUACAAUUAAAACGAGAUAGAAAAUAUUCAUAUGAGGAAACCGAUAUUGAAUCUUUGGCGUUGAAAUUGAAAAGCAAGAGACGUGUGUCUACAUAUGAAGAAGGUUCGAAGAUCGCUUACAUCAUUCUGUUAUAUAUUUUUACAGAUCAUACUAAUCAGGAUUGGUGGUUUGUAAAGAAACAUUUGACCGAAGAAAAAGGUUGGGUACCAGCACAAUAUUUAUUAGAUGAAGCACAUUACACUGUUUACUUGCAACGAAAACUGCAUGAAAAGAUUGAUAAAUUGCCAAUCUUUGAAAAACCGGCUCCUGGAGAAAAAGCUUCAGCACCAAGAUUUAUUGAAAAAUUGCAACCAAUUCAUACAUUAGAUGGUUACACUGUUCAAUUCGAAUGUCAAGUAGAAGGCGUACCAAGGCCACAAAUAACUUGGUUCCGUCAGACUGCUAUUAUCAAACCAUCUAUUGAUUUUCAAAUGUAUUAUGAUGAGGAUAAUGUUGCUACGUUGAUAAUCAGGGAAGUUUUUCCCGAAGAUGCUGGUACUUUUACUUGUGUUGCAAAAAAUGCUGCAGGAUUUGCAUCCAGUACCACUGAGCUUAUUGUCGAAGCACCUCUAUCAGAUCACGGAUCAGACGUUACGGGUUUGUCAAGAAAAAGUCUUUCAAGAGAAUCAUCACUUGCGGACAUAUUGGAGGGUAUACCACCUACAUUUUCUCGUAAACCAAAAGCGAAAUAUGUUAAUGAAAAUGACGAUGUGAUAUUAGAAUGUCGAUUAGUCGCCGUACCAGAACCAGAAAUAACAUGGUAUCAUAAAGAUAUUCAGUUAGUUAGCCAACAAAACAUUGUAAUUGCAACCGAAAGCGACAUGCAUAUGUACUGCAGUGUUAUAAAGAUCACCAAAAUUCAAAAGAAGCAGGAAGGAAAGUACAAGAUUAUUGCUAAAAACAGAGAGGGUGAAGCUACCAUUGAUAUUCCUAUAAAGGUAAAAACUGGAAAGAGCGAACCACCCGAAAUUUUAGAACCAUUACAAUCUCACAUAGUCAAAGAAGGCGAGACUGUCGUUUUAUCGACUCAAAUAGUUGGUAAUCCACCCCCGAAAAUAAUAUGGUAUAAAGACGGAAAGCCAAUAAAGAGCUUGCAGUCAAAACAAGACGGACAUAUUAAUUCAUUAAAUUUAAUCCAACCUCAAUUAAAAGAUAGUGGAGAAUAUUCGGUCACAGCUGUCAAUAAUAUGGGUAGAGCCGAGACUCGAGCUACAUUGACUGUAGAGAUUAAUUUCGCACAAAGCAACACUAACAUUCAACAUUAUGAACAACAUAUGAACGACAAGCAUAUCUCGUUUAUUAAGGAAAUAUCAAGUGACGCCCCAGAACCUCCAUUGUUUAUCAAACGUUUCCAAGAAAUAAUCGUUCCAGAAAAUAGUACUUUUACGUUAGUUGCCAAAGUAACUGGAAAUCCCAUUCCCGAGGUUACUUGGCUUAGAAACAAUAAACCUCUUGAUAAAUCGGCCAAUAUCAUAGAAAAUUAUGACGGCGAAAACAUUCUGCUUCAAAUUCAAAACGCAGAUUCUGAAGUUGAUGCUGGAGAUUAUAAAUGUAUUGCUAGUAAUUCAGGCGGGAAAGCCUCUCAUGGUGCAAAAGUUACGGUAGAUGUUGCUAAAGUCAUUUUCACAAGAAAAUUGCAAAAUGAGAUUAUAAUCGAUGAGUAUAAAACUCUAGAAUUGAAUUGCGAGACAUCUCAUACUGUUUCCACAAUAUGGUGGCAUAAUGACAAAGAAAUCAGCGGAAUGGAUCACCGUGAAAUAAUCCAAGAAGGACGUCUACACAAGUUACUUAUUAAGAAGAGUGGCCUUUCCGAUGCAGGAACAUAUAAAUGUACUGUCAAAAAUCAAAUGACUUUUAGUAAUGUUAUUGUCAAAGCUACCAAGCCGGAAUUCGUUAAGAAGUUACAGGACUUUGAGGUAAAAGAACGCGAUGUAGCGAUUUUAGAGGUUGAGAUUACAUCUCAAACAGCCGACGUUACAUGGCGAAAAGAUGGCGAAUUAUUAAUACCAAGCAAAGAAAAACUAGAGUUUGUAAAAGAUGGUACCGUGAGAAAACUUUAUAUCAGAAAUGCAUCAGUUCAUGACGAAGGUGAAUAUACAUGUGCUCUUCCGGAUCAAGAAUGUACAGCAGAAAUUACGGUUGUCGAAUUACCACCAGAAAUUAUUAUAAAAAUGCAAGAUAUAACUAUAGCUAAAGGAGAGAAAGCAAUGUUUGAUAUAGAACUGACGAAAGGUGACGCUUUGGUACGUUGGUUCAAAGACGGUCAAGAAUUGCAAUUCUCCGAGCAUGUGCGAUUGUCAAUCGAUGGUAAAAGACAGAAAUUGAAAAUCUAUGACACCGAAAUAGAAGAUGCAGGAGUUUAUUCCUGUCAAGUUGGCGAUCAGACUUCAUCAGCUAGACUGACGGUUGAAGAACCUGAAGUAGAUUUUAUUAAAAAAUUGCCAGAUGUUACUUUAGUGCCUAUCAACACCGAUGCAAUUUUUCUUAUAGAAUUAUCUCGUGCCGAUAUACUAAUAACAUGGUUAAAGAAAGGUGAAAUAAUCGAUUAUGUAUCAUCUUCGAAAUAUAAUAUAAUUGACGAAGGAAAUAUCAAGAAACUCAUUGUUUCAAAAUGUACAACCGAAGACAUCGGUGAAUAUACUGCUGUAGCUGCUAAUGUAAAGACAUCAUCUAGAUUGAAAAUCGAAGAUGUCGGAAUAUCGCCUAGAAUUCAUCCUGAUACGCUCAGAAAAUACAAAACGAUGAAAGGCGAUGAUAUUGACAUCGUUGUAAAAUUCACAGCUAUGCCAACUCCAAUUGAUGAGUGGACUGUCAAUGGCCACGUUCUUAAAAAAUCUAAACGAAUCAUUCCGUCCAUCGAUGGAUGCUCAGCCGUCUUAACGAUCAGAGCUGUACAAGAAAAAGAUUUUGGUGAUUACAAUCUAAAACUAAUUAAUCCUUAUGGAGAGGAGAAUAUAGAAAUCAGCGUCAUUGUUGUGCAGGUACCUGGAGCACCAGGAAUUCCAGAACCUCUUGAAAUAACCGAUAACAGCAUUACUCUCCAUUGGAAGAAACCAGAUUCAGAUGGACACUCUUCAAUCAUAGAAUAUAUUUUAGAAUAUCAUGAAAAGACAGAAAUUUUAUGGAACAAAAUUACGGAAACAAUAAACGAAACUACGUAUAAAUUGACGAAUUUGACUACCGACAAAGAAUAUACUUUUCGCGUAACUGCUGUUAAUGAAGCUGGAUCAGGAGAAGCAUCUCCAAAUACGCCAUAUUUAAAAAUUUCUAAAUUAUCAACAUCCGAACCACCAACGGUUCUCGAAGCACUUAAAAGUAUUGUGAUUGGAUUAGAAGAGACUGUCACACUCUCUUGCGUAAUUGGUGGUGUGCCAACACCUCAUAUUACAUGGUUGAAAGAUGGCAACGUUUUCGAAGAUGAUGAUAUUACGUAUGAAAAUCACGUAGCUAAAUACAUUAUUAGGAAGACCACCGAAACCUCUUCGGCUACAUUUACAGUCAAAGCCCAAAAUGAUGCAGGAACGGUGGAAACAUCGUGUCAAUUAAAAAUCCAAGAAUCUCCAAAGAUUACCUGCGAUGAAAACUUAAGAAACCAAAGAUUAACAGUAGGCGACAAAUGGAAAGUUGAAAUUCACUUUAGUGGUUUUCCAAACCCGGAAAUAAUGUGGACAAUGAAUAAUAAAAAGAUAAUUGAUAAACGCAUUUUCAUUGAAACUAAGAAAAAUACAUCUGUCAUUAUGAUUCCUUCGCUUAUUAGAGAUGACACAGCCAUCUAUACAGUGAAGGCGUCGAACGAAGCCGGUAGUUCGUCAAUGGAAUGUCGUCUACAUGUCAUAGAUAAACCGAGCAAACCUCAAGGACCAGUUAUCGUAAAAGAAAUCAGACAAGAUCGCGUUACCAUAGAAUGGCAACCGCCAAAAGACGAUGGUGGCGUGGAAUUGGAAAGAUAUAUCAUCGAGAAAUGCGAAGCGAGUAAAAAGAAUUGGACAAAAGUAGGUGAUGUCGACAAAGAGGUCGAAAAUUUCUGCGCGCAGAAAUUACAACAAGAUAUUGACUAUCUAUUCAGAAUUGUUGCUAGAAACAUGGUUGGACCAUCAGAUCCUUUGGAAUCCGAACCAAUUAGAACAAGAACUUCAUUUGAAACACCAGGACCACCAAAAGGACCACUCCAAGUUUCUGGAAUGACGAAAAUGUCAUUCACAUUAAAAUGGGAACCACCAGAGAAUGAUGGCGGUACUCCUAUUACAGAUUACAUUAUUGAAAUAAAAGAAAUAUCGAAAAAAACUUGGCAAAAAAUUGCGAAUACAAAAGGAGACAUUACUAAUGUUACUGUAACUGAUCUAAAAACGGACACAUCAUACAAUUUUCGAAUAACAGCCAAAAAUAGUGUUGGUAUUGGUCCUCCGUAUAUAACAGAAGAAGCAAUUACAACCGGUAAACGACCAAAAAUAGUAAAGCUUACAGAAAAUAACAUAUAUGCGCUAUUAGGCAUAUUUCCCUCAACCAAAAUGAUCAUCGUUAAGAGUAAGUUUCUUGUGUCUUCAACUUAUUCCUUAUAUCCAACUCAUAUCUUGUCCGAUCCUUAA